CACGUACGGGAGCAUAAAUAAGAAGGAUUGGUGGGUUAAAAAGAAGAGGGCAGAUCGAAUCAUGGCGUUCGAUGAACCAACCACACUUGUCCCUCCUCGCAAUGCCGGUAUUUGGAGAGCCGCAAUCCAUGAGUAUCGCUGGCGGAGAAGGAUUCGCGAAUCCAAGAGAAUGGCACGCCAUAUGAUUGACAGCGUAGAACAUUACAAAGCCGUUCACCUUAGCUACGUGAAGACGGUCAAGGAAGUUAACGAGAGGUGGCGGCGCCCAGACUUGUCUUCUUCCUCUGCUAUUGUAGUACGCGAUGAAUUAGAAACAGAGGGAGAUAAUGACGAGUUUUAUACGAUGCUCGUGACAAUUGACGAUGAAGUCGAGCGUUGGGCCGCUGGGAAACAUGGCAACCUACUUGCUCUGCUAACGGCUCUGCAAAACAUUAUAUCUGGAUUUAUGCACUGAUUUCUGUGUGGCCAGCAGAAGCAGCUGUGUGGCAGUGGGAGCCAGUUUCAAUGGACGACAUGAAGACAGUUGCUGAGAUCAAAGUGGCGUUCAGAAGAGCGGUUUUGUGCGUGGAUCAACUUGAAGUGAGUAUCAAAGGAGGCAAAACUCCAGAGCUAUACCGGGCGGCAAAGGUGUUUAUCUUGCUCAAGGAAGCAUGGCACGAGUUCUGGCAUUAACUAUUGCUUUGCCCGAUCGAGAUUGGUCUGUUAUCUGUAUGUUGGAUGAUGCUUCUUUAAUUUCUAGUUGAUGGGCCUUAUCCUUUGUUUGUCUCUUAGAUUGUGGAGGAUAGUAGUUUGGAUUUGUCAACUCAUCAAUUAGACCCCGUCUAUUUUAAUCUUGUCACUAAUCUUAACGAAGAAUAUUGGGGGUGAUAAAUGGUUAUGUCGCUA